AUGGCAAAGAUCUUCAAAGGCUUGUGCAUGAGCGGUUUGUGGGGCUGCUUCGACGAGUUCAACCGCAUCGAGUUGGAGGUCCUGAGCGUGGUGGCCACCCAAGUGGAAUCGAUCAUGCAAGCAAAGAAGCAGAACUUGAAGAACUUCAUGUUUCCGGGUGAGCCAUAUCCCAUCAAAUUGGUCCCGUCUGUGGGCUACUUCAUCACCAUGAACCCUGGCUAUGCAGGGCGGCAAGAGCUUCCGGAGAACUUAAAAGUCCUGUUCCGUAGCGUCUCGAUGAUGGUGCCCAACCGCGAGACCAUCAUGCGCGUGAAGUUGGCCUCCGCGGGCUAUGUGGGCAUGGAUGGACUGGCGAAAAAGUUCAACAUCUUAUACAAGCUUUGCGAGCAGCAGUUGAGCAAGCAGCGCCACUAUGAUUUUGGCCUGCGCAACAUCCUCAGUGUGCUGCGGCAAUCGGGCUCGGUGAAGCGGGCGAACCCGGGUGAAGCGGAGGAAGAGAUGCUCUUCAUGCGCACCGUGCGGGACAUGAACUUGUCCAAGUUGGUGGCGGAUGACGUUCCUCUCUUUAUGAACUUGCUGGAGGAUCUCUUCCCCAAGGUGACCGAGACGCCAGAGAUGACCUACAAGAGCUUGGAAGACACCGUGAGGCGCCUCGCUGAGACCCAACGGCUCCAUGAGAAGGACACCUGGAUGUUGAAGAUCAUCCAGCUCUAUGAGAUCUCUUUGGUCCGGCACGGCUUCAUGCUCGUGGGGCCCACGAUGUGUGGCAAGAGUCGUAUCAUGCAAACCUUGACGCAAGGCAUGAGCGAAGACCCGGAGAAGCCCACGCCACACAAGCUGGUGGUCAUGAACCCCAAGGCCAUUACCGAUGCGCAGAUGUACGGCGUGAAGGAUGGUGAUGAGUGGACUCCGGGAGUCUUCGCCUCCCUUUGGCAGCAACGCAACAACCGGGCCUCGAAGUACAACUCCUGGAUCGUGUGUGACGGGCCCAUUGAUGCGAUUUGGAUUGAGAAUUUGAAUACUGUGCUGGAUGACAACAAGAUCCUGACCUUGGCGAACAACGACCGCAUUCCGAUGACGGACAAUUGUCGCAUCGUCUUCGAGGUGGAGAGCCUUCGAAACGCCAGUCCGGCCACGGUCUCGCGGGCUGGAAUCAUUUAUGUGUCGACAUCGGAUUUGGGCUGGGGCCCUUUGGUGGAAAGCUGGCUGCUGCAGCGCUUGGAAUUGGGUGCAACUAGACAGCAGGAAGUCACUGUGCUACGAAAGACCUUUGAGAGCUGGCUGCGGACGCCUCCACCCGAUGCCGGUGUGGCCGUGGACUUCUUCGAUUGGAACGCGCGGAACUUGAAGGGGGUCAUGAGUACCAACGAGACGAUCUUGAUCGCCAACAUUCUCAACUUGCUUUCGGCCAUGCUCCGCAUGCAUGUGCAAGUGAACGAGGCCAUCAGCGAGGCUGCAUGCAUUCGUGUCUUCGCGUACUCGGUGGCCUGGGGCAUGGGCGGUCUACUGGAGCCCGACGGGCGCAAAGCUUUUCAUGCCAAGCUGUGCGAAGUGAUGGAGCAAGCAGGCCAUGGCCAGUACGCGCCACCCUGCCGCGAGGGCGAGACCAUCUUCGAGUUCGUCCCCGAUCCAGGGGACCGGAGCCGGCCGUGGAAGCACUGGGCACCAGCGGAAUGGAAAGUCCCGAAGAUCUUACGCUUCUCUGCUUUGCUGAUUCCCACGAUCGACUCCUGUCGCGCGGGGUACCUGAUCGAGGUGAUUGCCAAGUUGGACCUGACCCGAACACCGCCGAAUUACAAGUCUUCCCUGAUGGUGGGCGCCGCGGGAACUGCGAAGACCUCCACGGCCAAGAUGUUUUUGAACAAGUACCCCGUCGAUGUGAUGCUCUCGAAACGCCUCAACUUCUCGAGUGCGACCACCCCACUGGGCUUGCAAAAGGCCAUUGAAGGAGAAGUGGAGAGGAAGACAGGGAAGACCUUCUGCCCGCCUGGUGGGAAGCCACUCACCGUUUUCUUGGAUGAUGCAUCCAUGCCUUUGGUGAACAAAUGGGAAGAUCAGGUCACCAACGAGUUGACGCGACAACUCAUGGAGUUUGGUGGCUUCUACUUCUUGGACCGAGACAAGCGCGGUGAAUUCAAGAGGAUCGAACACUUGACCUACAUUGCCGCCAUGAUGCAUCCAGGCGGAGGUCGAAAUGACAUCCCCAACAGGCUCAAGUCCAAAUUCUUCCUCUUCAACAUGGUCUUGCCCUCCACAGUGAGUGCGGACAACAUCUACGGCAGCAUCCUGCGCGCACGCUUCAACACCAAGCUGGGCGUCGAUGGUGGCGUCGUGGCGCUGUCGGCCAACCUCACGACGGCGACCAUCGCCCUGUGGACCAAGGUGCAGAAGGUGCUGCUGCCCACGCCCGCGAGGUUCCACUACAUCUUCAACUUACGUGAGCUGAGCCGCGUUUUCCAAGGCAUUAUGGAGACGCCGCUGGAGGUGAUGAAUGAUGAGGAGCGAUUGGUCUCGCUCUGGAGGCAUGAAUGCACCCGCGUCUUUGCUGACAAGCUCGCACGCGAGAAGGACAAGAGCCUGAUCGACAAGUUGGUGCAUGACUUUGCAUGCGAGCACUUCGGCGAGCAGCUGUCCACUUACACGAGUCCGACCACCUGGUGGUGCGACUUCCAGCGUGAUCGGCCUCCAGCUACAGAGGAUGAGGAAGAUCCAGUGGCACCGAAGAUCUACGAGCCGGUGUCAUCCCUGGCCGAUGUGUGCCGAAAGGCCUACGAGUAUUUGGCCAGGUUCAACGAGAAGAACCCUGCCAAGAACAUGAAUUUGGUGCUUUUCGAAGAUGCCUUGAUGCAUUUGAUGCGCAUCAACCGCACCAUUCAGCAGAAGCGGGGCAGCGCCAUGCUGGUGGGCGUGGGCGGCAGUGGCAAGCAGUCCUUGACUCGACUGGCCGCGUUCAUCUCGGGGCACCACAUUUUCCAAAUCACCAUCACCAAGACCUAUGGAGAGGUCCAGUUCUUGGAAGACUUGAAGGAGCUGUUUAUCAUCGCUGGACAGAAGGAUGAGGAUGUGACCUUUAUUUUCACGGACCAAGAUGUAAUCAAUGAGAACUUCCUUGAGAUCAUGAACUCCAUCUUGGCCACAGGGGAAGUGGUGGGUUUACUCCAGAAGGAUGAGAAGGAGGCGGUGUGCAAUGAGGUGAGGAAUGACUUCGCUUCCGAUUAUCCUGGGCAAGAGGAAAACACCACCAAUCUCUACAACUACUUCCUCAACCGGCUCCGAGACAACUUGCACAUUGUCCUUUUCUUCUCACCUCUCCAUCACAAGUUCGCGAUCCGCGCGCAGAUGUUCCCUGCCGUGUUCUCGGGCGUGAAUAUCAACUGGUUCUUGCCCUGGCCGGAAGAAGCCUUAGUGGCCGUCAGUGCGAACUUCCUGAAGAACUUCAAGAUCGACACCACCGAGGAGAACCGCAAUCGCCUCUACGAACUCAUGGCCUCCUUUCAGAAUCGCAUCAGUGACGUGUCCAAGGUCUACCUCUCGCGCAUGCGGAAGCACGUCUAUGUCACGCCCAAGAGCUUCUUGUGCUUCAUUGAGUACUACAAGAAGCUCUACGCAUCGAAGUAUGAGGACGUCAAUGUACAAGAGAAGAGCGUGAACAUUGGGCUUCGCAAGCUCGAGGAGGCAGCGAAGAGCGUGCUGGACAUGCAGGAUGACAUCGAACGCCAGGAGAAAGUCUUGAAGAUGGAAACGGAUAAGGUCACUGCACUGGUGAAGAAGGUCCACGGAGAGAAGCAGAACGCGGAGGAAAAAGCUGAAGAGGUGGGCAGCAUCGCCAAGACCUGCGAGGACAAUGCCAUGGCCAUCGACGCGGAUCGCCAAGAAGCCAAUCGGGAGCUACAGGAGGCCUUGCCCUACCUGCAUGAGGCGAACGCAGCUUGCCAGUCCAUCAAAGACAAGGACAUCGUGGAACUGAAGGGCAACAAGGCUCCCGUGGACAUCGUGAAAUUGACCUUCGACGGUUUGUUGCUCUUGAUGGGGCACAAGGUCACAGAGGUGAAGGUGGAAGACAAGCUCAUCAACAAGGUCUCAGGCACCUUCAUCAAGGAUUCCUUCGAUGAGCAUGCGAAGGCUGUGUUGAACGACAUGAACUUUUUGAGGAACCUCAAGAGGUUUGCGGAGAAUGAUCGCGACACCAUCAAUGAUGAGACCUGCGAGCUCAUCGAGCCCUACUUGCGCUUCGACCCGGAUCCCAACAAGAGCUGGGGCCCUUGGAAACACGCUGUGCUGGAUCAAAGCUUGGCCAAGAAAGCCAACGCAGCUGCUGAGGGGCUCUGUAAGUUCGUGGGUGCCAUGGUGAUGUACCAUGAAGCCUCCAAGAUCGUGAAGCCCAAGAUGGACUUCUUGAAGGUGCAAGAAGCCAAGCUGGAGAAGGCGCGUGGGGAGUUGGCCGAGGCGGAGGCGGAGCUCCACAAGGUGCAGAGCGAAGUGGCUGAGUUGGAUCGACAGCUUCAAGCGGCCUUCCAUGCCAAAGCGGAGCUCGAGGCCAGCAAAGAGGCUCAGAAGCGGAAGAUGGAUGCGGCCAACCGUUUGCUGAAAGGCCUGGAGACGGAGCAGGACCGCUGGACCGAGGACGCGGCGAACUUCGCCACGCGGCGCCUGGCGCUGGUGGGCGACGUGGCGCUGGCGGGCGGCUUCGUGACGUACUGCGGGCCCUUCAACUCGGAGUUCCGGGACAAGAUCACGCAGGACCGGCGCGAUCGGGUAGACCGCUCCCUCCGCGGAGGGAGGAGGCGACUGGAGGCGACUGGAGGCGUUUGA